AUGAGUAAGAGACAAACACGAUUACUAGUAGUUCCGCAGAUACUCCCGCCGCGCGGCGUCGUCGUAGCUACUGGGGAGGAGGUGGCCGUAGGCGCGCCGCCAGCUCACGUCCCGGGCGUGGGCCUUGGACCGCGUUUCCACGAGAUCCAGCGCUUCCACGCCGGCGUGCGCCGCGCGUAGUCGUAGGUUCUUGUCGCGCCUGCGCGGAAAUUACAUCUGAGUUCGAGUAGGCGUCCCCACGCCAUCGGUUGCUUUCCACACAGUAUCGCGCGUGCAGAGGACGGUCGUGCCCUCCUUCUGCGCGGCGAGCGCAGUGUCCAGAAUUUCCUCGUCGGCGGUCCGGUUCGCGGCUUCUCCGGCGCCCUGCUCGAGCUCGAGCCACGGCUGCCGUCG